AUGGCGGAGUAUGAGCAUCACGGAACCACCUCCGUCACCGCCUCCCACCACCAUCACCACCACCACGGUAUGAUUACUAAAGAGACGGCCCUCCAAGCUCUAAACACCAUAAUCCAGCUCCAUUUUGAGAAAACCCUAGAGAAAAAACGAGCUGUGGACUUGCAGAAAAAGGAGCUGUGGAAGCUCUUCCAUCUCUUCUUCAUCUUCUUGAGCCUGGUUUUCUUGGCCCAGGCCCAGUCUCCGCGGCUCCAAUGCCGCCACUGCUGGGUGCCUAUUGGACUGCUCUCGCUGGCCCACCUCAUUUUCUACGUGUCGGUGGCCCAAACUCUGCGGUGCAUCAACGGCUUCAAAUACCAGCGGCGGUGCCACAAGCUGACCCUUGGCCUCGCCACCGAGCGGCUGAGGCAGCUUAAGAUGAGGCUGAGCAGCGGCGGCAGCGCCGAUGAGAUUGGGGAGGAGCUCGAGAUUCAUUAUCAGGAGCCGCCAGAGAGCUAUUUCGGUCAUGAUGCUACACAUGCUGAAAUUACUUCUCUUCUUGGCUUCAACGUGGGAAGCCUUCCUAUCUCGAGGAUCCGGUCGAGCUCGCCGCCUGUCUUCACGAUCGAGACCGAGCUAUUGAAAUUAUUCCGCCAGAAGGCCGAGAAUUGGAACCGAGAUUUUUACUCCGGCGAGUUCGUGUGCUUCAUUUCCCGGCUAUUUUCCGACGGACCCCGAGGAAAUCGACCUAGCCCGUGCAGCACAACGAAACCAGACGACCGUGCGCUCUAA